AUGUUCACAGCGGGACGAAUAUUGAACUCUCAAAAAUCGUGCACGUCGUUGAGGAGGGCCACUGCAUCGACCACAGGUGGUGGUGGUGGUGGUGGUCUGACGUCACCACUCAUCCUAUCAUCACCAUCAUCCAUUUCUCGGAGGAACAGGAGCACAAAAAUAAACAUUGAUAAUAUAAACAAAUAUCGCUGUUUCGUGCCGUUCGUCUGGCAGGCCUUCAUUAUUAGCAUCUUCGGCUGCUUGGUUCUCAUCCUGGGAGUGGCGCUAUGCAUUGUUGGCUUCUACGCAGGGUUCGGAAAAAACGAGGACGAAAGUUACAAUGAAAGUAGAGCACUGAACCAGGUUGACGAUGUGGAGGGCAAUGAAAACGACAACCUCGAUUUUUUCACCCUCGUCACACACAGCGAUUCCUCAGGAAAACAGAGUACUCAACAAAAUUAUUACGACACGAAUUUUGACGACAACGCAACAAACGACGCCAACUACGUCCACAGUGAACCAACACAUUUCACUCGCUACUUCACCAGCAACAAUUAUACCGCCACAAGCAGUCUCAAAAGUCUUCCGAAUGAGUCCGAUAGUGGCAGCAGUGGGCGAUAUUUGAUGAAAUAUUUUUCCUACAUCGGUCCUGUGAUUAUGAGUGUCGGCAGUUUCUCUCUGGUGUUUGCGUGCGUCCUCGUCUGCGAGACAAGAGAUAAAGUUUUAAAGAAACUUCAGGUAGAAGCGAUUAAGGAAAGAAAAUUAACAAUGAAGAAAUCGUUAGUCCGCAGAGAAUCUGUCCAACAAUUCAUUGAAUACAACGAAACAAACCACAACAACAACAACAACAACAAUGAUGAUGAUGAUAUCUUUGACGAUCCUAACAACAACAUUGACAACGUUUGCAGCAGCAACAACAACGCAAUAAACACGAGCAAAAGAAACAAACAGAAGCGUGCAAAUUAUGCUGGAAACGCUGAAGGGGAUGAUUUGACGAAUGAGAUUGUAUUUAAAAAGUCCAAACUGAAAUGUCUCUACUAUCCAAUGAGGAGAUUAAGCCUGAGUAUGCUGGGAGAUAAUGAGUUGGUAAUUAAAUUGGAAGAUGACGAUGAAGAUGGUGAUGCUGAUGACGAUGACGUCCACGGCAAAAAUGCUCUAAGCACUAGCGAUAAAAAAGAAAAACGUAAUCAUAAAAAUGUAAUGAACAAGAUAAAAGCAGUUUCCACUUUCAUCAAUAAAAGCAUUCACAACAGCAAUGAAAACAAAAACAAACACUCUGAUAAAGACUGCAGCAACAAAAAACACGGCAAAGAUAACAACUACAACAAAAUCAAAUCAAGAAAUAAAAGCAGUCAAAAAAUUUCCAACAUCAGUAGUAUUGAAGAUUCUUGCAAUGUGAACCAGGCGGCAAUCUCAACAAUAAGCAACAACAACCAUCAGCCAGACAACUUUUUUGAUGGAAUAUACGACAUCGGCCACGUCCACACUGACUACUGUGGUCUCGAUCGCAGCUGCAAUAGCAACAAUUUAGAUAAACGUAUUAGUAUCAAUAAUAAUAAUAAUGUCAAUAACGACAUUUUCAAUCAACAACUGCACAGUGCAUGCAGAAGUAAAGCAAGGGUGCAUGAUUGGAGCCAAGAAAUUGAUUUAGAGAGGCAUGUUUUCAAAGAUAUCAUGCUGAGCAGCGUACAUCAUAAUAAUCGUGGCCAGAGGCUUUCAAACAAUAACAACGUGCACACUUCGUUAAACAACAGCACCGUAAACAUCAUCACCACCAACAGCAACAUCAACAAAGGCAAUAUUGAUAACAACUACAACAACAAUCGCGGUAUUACGAGCCAUUUGCAUCUCAGUGACGAUCACGGCUGCGUGGAAUCUUUUGAGAGAAACAUUCAAGUCGGCUGCAGAACGGCUUGCAGCGAUGCCAAUUAUUCGAGCAAUAUUUUAAAAACGUCUACAGCAACAACAACUUUAAACACCUUAUUACUUCUCACCACGUCAACAAUUUCAACACAGACAACUACACCUUCAAACAGCACAACAGUAUUAAACAGAGCAGCAACGACAGAAGUGGUUUUGCAAGAGACUGUCACCCCAGCAAUAACAAAAUUAAACACUACACACCGUCCCAUCAACAACAACAAAAGUGUCAGCAACCGCAAGGCCACCACCAUCAACCGUUGUAUUCUCAUCAACAUUUCCAACGACAUCAGUAGCAACUGCAAUAACAUUGUUCGCAACAUCUAUAAAUGCAUCGUCAACAACAUUCACAAAAUCAUCAACAUCUACUAUAUCCUCUGUAACAACAACAACAACAAGGCCGCCCCAAACAACAACAACAAUCAUGACAACAACAAGAAGAGAUUUCCUCCACAGCGUUAUGACGUCAUCAUCCGAAAGAAGGAACUUGAAAGAGGAGGCCAUAAAAACUCAGUUACUACUUCCGGUGGAUUCGCCAUUUUGAAACUUCGUCGUUUCAGUGAUGUAUUCGUUUGA